AUGGCCUACUUCUUCCCAUCCUUGGUUGAGCGGCCCGUCUCGGAUAGUUUUUGUAAGAAGGAAGAUUGUGCUUGGUUUCUGAAGAAGGUCGCUGAAAACAGAAGUGCAGUAAAGCCAUGGAAGUUAAGGACUGAAAAAUUAGUUCCACUUUUACGGCCGUACCAGGAAGAUGCUGUUCGCUUUAUGAUCUCACGAGAGGUAGAUCCUUCUGUAGAGCAACUAUUCAACCCCAUUAGUGUUCUGGUGCCCACACAUCCUUCCUUCACGUUUUAUCCAGCGACGGGCGGGAUGUCGUUGAAGCCUGUUGAUCCAUUCAAAAUUUAUCCAGGAGGGAUAUUGGCGGAUGAAAUGGGACUGGGGAAAACGGUGGAAUUUAUCGCUCUUGCAUUAACUCAUCAGCGUGGGAGCAGUGUUUUUUUAGAAACGAAAAAGUCGAUUAAACCAGACAUUAUAAAAAUAAUUCUGGACGAACUUGUUUCUACUGUAGUCGCAGGGCUAGAGACACAGCAUCUUCCAUUGAAAAAGGGUAGAAAGCGCUCGCUAUGUUUGUAUGACAUCACUGAAAGUGAAAACACUAAGAGGUCAAGAAAAGGCUUGCCCAGCGAUGAUGGAAGUCUAUUAAAUACCGUAACUUGCACUUCGUGUAAUCGCGUAUGCAAAAAAGAGUCUGUGUUUUGGGACAAAUUUCCUUCGGACAGUGUUGAAUUUCAUUGUCCAGAAUGUAUUUCUUCUAACGAGGAGCUGGUUCAGUUGAGAACCUCUCUUAUUAUUGCACCUAGCACCAUUUGUAGACAGUGGUAUGAAGAGUUAAAGAGGCAUGUUAGAGCCGAUAUCAAAGUAGAUUUAUACCGCGGUGUUGCUGUUGACGGCUACAAGCAUCCUGCAUACCUUGCAUGCCAACAUUUCGUUAUAUGCUCUUUCGAAACACUUCGUUCAGAAAUACACUUCACUGACGUGGCACGGAAAAAUCGUGGAAAUAUAACCAAAUUUCUUUCACUUGCAGGAACUCUUCGUAAAAAGACAGCGUUGUAUGCGCCAUCGCCGUUGAUUAGUGUUGAAUGGUGGAGGGUAAUAAAUAAUUUUACACGUUCAGUUUGUCUUGACGAGGCUCAAGUAGUAGAAGGGGUAACAUGUUGUGCUUAUCAAAUGUGUCAGAAGCUGGCUGCAGUUAACCGAUGGUGUGUUACGGGGACUCCUAUUAAAAAUUCUGUUAUGAGCAGUGGGAUUAAGGUUGCUGACCAGUGGUUUAUUUCUCGCAAUGGUUGUUGUAUAUUUGUUUCGUUUACUCAAGUUUAUAAUUUUGAAGACCUAUUUGGAUUUCUGAACUUUAUUCGAGUAGAACCGUUCUGCUACCGCAGCUGGUUUGACCACGUAUUAUGGGAUUCUUACAUUCGUGGUGACCCAUCUAUGCUUAUUAAACUUUUUUCUCAAAUUCUUUGGCGAAGUACAAAAGCCGAUGUUGUCGAUCAGGUGAAAUUUCCUAUAUGUUUUGCUGUCAUAAUUUUAAAACUUUUUCAGUUGUUUACUCCUGUAAGAGCAAAAGAUUUAACAGUUUUACAUCUCUCGCCUUUUGAGGAACAGCUGUAUCGUAAUCUCUUCACUUCUCGUGCGAGAGAGAAAAUUGCUGGUAAGCUUGCUGAAGUUUCCUCUUUUGCGGGAGUAUCACUGGAUAUCUGCUUGAGCGAUUUACACGGUGCUCUCUUCGAUCGUGUUAUGGAGCCUUUGCAAAAUGUUCGGUCUUUUGUUGUUUUACCAGGUCUUCAGUUUGCUAAGGUCAAGAAUGACUUAUCAUCCAAAGAGCAACUUCAGGAGGAGCUUUUCAAACGAACCACUACAGAAAUUGAAAAGGCUCAGAGGGACCUUAUGUUUUAUUACAAUGGUAUCGCUGGUCUUCAUUGGCUAUUAGGUCAAUAUUAUGAUGCACUCAGUUUUUAUCAUUGCGCGUUAGAGUCUGUUGACGUUUUAAGCAACGAAAAUGUUGCUUUGAAUCUUAGUGCAGUUAAGGGCCCCUACAGAAAAUUACGUCCUGAUCGUCUCCAGCUUAUUCACACCCUGAAUGGACUAUUAGAACUGAAGGAACAGAAUAAAGUUUCUAAAGAUGAUUUUGAUAAGGAUUUAGCCAAGAAACGACUUAAAGAUUUGGUCGAUGAACAUAUGGUUCAGGCUACUGAUCUACUGAAAUCCGCACAGCAAAGGAAUACCUCAUUAUUGGCAGAUAACACAGAAAAGUGGAAUAGUAUGCAUUCGAGUACUGGGUGGCUUGUUUGCGCAGCAAAUUCUGCCACAGAUUCAAAGAUUCAGGCCACAUUCGUGGAAGCUAUAAAAUCGGCCCUUGAUGUAUACAGUCGAGUGGAGAUUAAAGUACGCGAUCUAAACGGGUUACAAUAUUUGGCAGUGCAGCGGUGGGAUGAACUGACCAAUAGUUUCAAAACUGUAAAAAAGUUGACUGAAGACUUUUGCUCAGGACUCUUCUCACCUGGAGCGAUGUCGAAGGUGGAGGAAGUUAUAGAUUGUCAUUUUGUAGAGAGAAACGAAAAUCGUAGAGAAGACCGAUGUUCUUUGUGCAUGUAUGACGCGGAAUUGCGACGUUUCGAGUCAUUAUUAUAUUUCAAAACUGUUAAAAGAAAAACACUUGACGAGUUGAAAGAAGAAGAAAAUGAACUUGAGAAAAGUAGUAACGGCGAGCAAUCUAUAUCUACAUUGGAACUUGUAAUCCGUAUCUUUCGUCAGACUAUGAUGCGACGCUCAGAUUCAUUUUCUAAAGAACUCUUAGAUUUCGCAAGUGAAACCGUUCUGCUGAUGAAUUUAUUCAAAGAUUUUCUAAAGGAAGCCAAAAAAUUAAUGUUGGCCUUCUACGAUUAUGUUGCAAGGAGCGAUGAGCUGCGUCAGUGUAAGAUUCGAAUUUCGUACACUGACGAUGAAAACAUUCGUUACAGAUCUGAGGCAAAUAGUUUUCUGUGUACUCCUGGAUCUGAAAAAGCACAGAUUACUUGUUACGAACACUUGUUGGCAUCAACUAAGGAUAAACAACUGUUCCUUCUAUCAAAAUUACGUUACCUCAACAAGCUCCGUCACGAAACUGCAAUUGAUUGUCCCGUUUGUUAUGAACGCAUUCAACGAACUUGGCUUGUGUUCCCGUGCGCUCACUGCAUCUGUUCAAGCUGUUAUGACGGUAUUUCUAGAAGGAGGCUGCGAGAGAGGAUUCGUUGCCCAGUUUGCCGUUAUGAAGCACAUGUGUGCUCUAUAACUUUUGUACAGAGUACUUCGGUUUCCGAAACCCAUCAUUAUCUAGACUUAUCAUCGGUGGCUUUAAAGAAAGAGGCCUCUGUCAAAUUGAACGCCGUGGUACGCCGAAUUCUUUCUAUCGGUCAACGUGAACCAGCUGCCAAGAUACUUCUUUUCACAUCCUUGAUAAAUAUUAUUUCUUUUAUUUGUAAACAUCUGGAGGCAAAUGAAAUAAAAUUCAGGAACUUUGCUCAGGCUAACAAAGAAAAAGCACUUCUAGAGUUCUGUUCUAAUCCAGACGUUCAGGUGUUGGUAAUUCCAACUAGCUGUGGAGCACGAGGUUUGAAUCUUACAGUUGCAAACCACGUCAUAUUUGUUGAACCUCAGCUGGAUGCCACACAACUAGCUCAGGCUAUUGGACGCAUUGACCGCAUUGGUCAAACCAGAAAGAUGAUGGUUCAUCACUUUGUCAUGUUUGGAACGAUUGAAGAGCAAAUUUACAACAAUGUUUUAAGCCCUAUGAGCGAAAGGUGGACCGUUAGAUCGCUCCUGAACCUCAUGUGUAUGUGCUACUUUUACUAUACAUUGGAAUAUCCUGAGUAG